AUGGAGAACAAGAUCAUGGAUAAGCUAGCUGUGAAGACUGAAAAGGUGAAGGAUCUUUCAAUUCAUCUUGAAAAUGCCAACAAGAAGCUUGAUGCCUUAAAGUCCGAAAACGUUGUUAUCAAAAGUUGUAUUGCGGAUGUUAACCUCUUUUUGCAAAAUCUGGUAGAGACUCGUGAUUCCUUGCUCACAGUCUCAGUUCGCCAACAUCUCGCUGACAAACUCAAGCCAGUAUUCUCCUUGAUGAAUCAUAUCAAGGGUGUUUCGGAAUCUGGCUCUCUUCCGAAACAAGGGGGAGAAGCAAAGAAGCCAUCUACUGAAGAACUAAAUAAAUUGGCUGCUAAUUCUGGUGAAUACGAACAUAAGACACAGCUAAAAUCACAAGAUCCGAAGGGUAAUGAAGCUUCUGGAUCGAAGGGAAAAGGAAAGUUGAUUGAUGAUGAUGAAGAAGAAGAGGAAUUAUCUGAAGGGGCAAAGCUCAAACGAAAGAAACGUGAUAAAGAGCUUGAUGAAGCUCAGUGGGUUGCCAAGGAAUCUGAAGCUCUGGAAAGGGAGGCUCGUGAAGCACAAGUCACACUCAAAACUCAGAAGGCCCUCUUUCCCUCCUUGUUCCUGUUGGGUUUUAUGUACUCUAACAUCCCUAUGGUGCACAUACAACCCUAA